UGAGAAAUACAACACGAUGGCUGCUGCUCCCCUCGAAGUGGUACUUCAUUCUCUAGAGCUGAAUAGAGAGGGACACUACAAACUGAACGUCACAGUUUUUAGUACAAACGGAGAACGUCACUUUCGGCGAGUUAGUCUGUCUUCAGUCUCUUACUUUGAACCAACAAGCGCAGCACUAGAAUCAGUAGAUCCUGUCACAGAAGCCAACUGCACGCUCAAUCUUGUUCCUCGGAGCAAAGCUUCUCGUCGCGACACGCCCGUCUUCAUCACACUGGACAUACUGGAACGAACGCCGUCUCUAGAGCACGAUCUUCGUAUUACACAAGUACAAAUUGAUCUACAGAUACGUGUUUGCAAGAAAAGCCUCGUUGAGCAAGCUGGAAAAGGGGACUUCGACUACUAUAACAUCUUGCUUUUGGGCCCACUAGACUCAGCCAAGUCCUCGUUUGUCAAUUCAGUGUGCACUAUGCUGUCGAAAGCAGUUAAAAUGGUCGCCACUGUUGGUGGAGGUGCAGACUGCACAACAACCCGUAUUUUGAGAUACGACCUCCGCAACAUCGAUGGUCCAAACGUCCGUCUGAUUGACACGUUUGGUAUUACAAGUGAUUCCUACAGCAAAGGAGUAUCUCUCGACGGCCUCAUCAGAGGCGACGUGCCUUUAAACGCAAGUAAGGACGACCCAGCCGAACGUCUCGUUAGACCUGGAAAGGUGCAAAAGGUACAGAUACCAUCUUCACACUAUAGCAGUCACUGGCAAGUGCACCGACGUAGCAUGCAUAGCGCCAUUAUUUUUGUGUCUUCUGAGUUCCUGGAAUCUGAUGAAAAUGACGAUGGUGGUGAAAAUGACGACGAUGACGGUAAUUUCAACGAUGGCGAUAAUGAUGAUGAUCAACAAGCUCUAGAAAAUGCAAUAAAAAAGACGACACGACAAGCUAUAGAAAAAGCAAUACAAGAGACGACAGCACAGAGACUCAACCCUAUUCUAGUUCUCGCUAAAGUCGAUCUCAUCAAGAAUGAUCUAGACAGCCAAUGUCUCAGACUUUCUCGCAAAUUUGGAGUUCCUCGUUCCAGUGUCUUUCCAUUGGAGAGCUAUGUCACGGACAAUAUCCUUGAUUUCAGAAAAGAUCACAUGACUUAUUGCAUUCUAGAAGAGGCUAUACUGAGAGCACGCGAACUGUGCGACCACUACAAAGAGGUGACACCUAACCAUUACUAG